AUCUGGAUGUCUCACAUUCAGAUUAUGUUUACUAGUCAGUUACUGUGAGAUGGGGUUCAUCCCAUCUUGCGCUACAGGAGGAGUCCCUCCCUCGGCUGCGGGGACGGAAGAAUGUUGAACCGGCAAGCUGUUCCUCCCCGCCUGCCGCGGGCCCGAGUCCGACUCCGCCCGCUCUGUCGCAAACCAAAGUUAAACACAAUCAAUCCAGACGGUCUCGAAUCUCUGCAGUGAGACACGGCCCCCAUUCUUCAGUGGCGCGGCAACUUCCCUGAUGCUUUCGCACAGGUUGAGCUUGUCCCGCACUGACGGCCAUGGCUAUGUCGCACGGUAGAUCUCUGGCGCUCAGCCAGAAUGCCUUUGUCAAGCCGCCCGACCUUGGAGACGAGCCGGAGGAUGACCGACCGGAUGAGGCGGAGGUGACCAAACAGCGACGAUUGGCAACGGUCUACGAUGCUGUAGCAGGCCGGAUUAACGCGCAUGGGUUUCUGCCCGCCGUGCCGUAUGCCUCCAAGAACCGCGACACAGCCUCGUCGAGCAGGCGUUCGGUGCGCCCUGAAGAGGUGCUUUUCCGUCGGCAGAAUGCGCCCAUUCGCUACGAGGAAAACGACUUCUAUUUCGCCCAUGAAUCCCUCCCAGCCGACCGUCAGCUUCCCUCGUCGGAGUUGCUAGAAGCCGUACAUGCCUACUCGGCCGAUCUCUACGAUCAUGCGACCCUCGACCGCGGCCAGGACGAUCAUCAUAGUAUGGAUGAGACCGCUUUAAUCGCGAUGGGGAUCCUGUUGGAGGAGAUGGCCAAAGAAUCGCUGGGUGAGACGGGCGACCUGGUGUUCGUCGAAGGCGAGGAAAUUUCUACCGACGAGGAUCGGCUGCCUUCGCAAUCGGACCGGCGCGUCGGUCGUAAACGGGCGAAUACACAGACUAGUAUGAUGGCCAGCUCGGGUGACGAGAUAAUACCGGUGGCCAAGCGACAGAAGAAGCGCAAGUUGGCUCGGAAGGCUUGGACGAGUGAUAUGGACACAGAGCUUGAUGACCUACUAUGAGGUCUAAAGCUGUGACUAAACUGACCUCUUCCCAUUUCCUGCUGAUUGGAGGUUCGUCAGCGAAAAGGCAACUCAGCAUAAUCGAGGGGGCAUGCUACUUGGUUACGAAAGCCAAUACUGCCAGCCAUCUUAAGCUAAUACUCACCGCAUAUACCGCGUGGCGCAUCCCCGCCGCUGAAGGUACCCUGUCCUUGCGUUUAAGGCCUAGACGGUAUGCAGGGUCAAGCCCCAGGUCAUGUCAUGGAAGUUUGUAUCGCCACCUGAAACUGUUGUCGCAUGACUUGAACCACGGCCGCAAACUUCUG